GAAGAGGAACAAGAAAGAGGAAGAGGAGGAAGAGGAAGAGGAGAAGCAUCCACGACUCCUCGCCGGGGGGGAGUGAGGAGGAGAGGGAGGGGGGGGGGGUGGCAGCCCACCCAGCCAGCACUGAGUGCUGCACCCCGGCAGUGCGCGCCGGAACGCGCUGGUUCUCCGUCCGUUCGGACCCGGAUUAUUUGUCACUCCGCCGCACCUUCAUACUAAUGGAAGCGGCAGCAGCCUCGCCGUUCAAAGUGCCUCCUCGUCGGCUUGCGCUUCUUCCCCAACUGCGCGCGACACAAAUGUGCUCAAAGUUGCAAAAAGGAAGACCAAAUUCGUCCUCGCGGCUGUGUUGAACUUGUUGAACGACGUCGCCACACUUGUGUCCAAAGAGGAGCGCGGGACGCACAAACCGCAACAUCCGCCGGCCCCUCCGCACGUCGCAUCUGACCUCUGACCGACGCAAAAACGUCCACGCGCUUGUCGGUCACACCUCGAGCGGCCAGUUGGAGGCUCAUCACGAAAAAGAUGCUGCGGCGGUUGACAACGCCGCGGCUCAUCUGAAUUGACCUCAGACGCAUUUUUGUGACGACAUAAGCGAAAGAGAGAAGAUGCUCUUGAGCGUCCUGCUCCCCCUGUGGGCCGUCUACGGCGGCGCGGCCUACGCCAUGCAACAUUACCCCGCGGCCUGGGGACACUACGACGUGUGCAAGUCCCAGAUCUACACGGAGGAGGGCCUGGCGUGGGACUACAUGGCCUGUCAGCCCGAAGCCACCGACAUGACGAAGUACCUGCGGGUGGCCCUCGACCCGCCCAACAUCACGUGCGGGGAUCCGCCGGAAACCUACUGCGCUCUGGAGAACCCUUACAUGUGCAACAACGAGUGCGACGCCAGCACCGAGGAGUUGGCUCAUCCCCCCGAGCUGAUGUUUGACUUCGAGGGCCGCAACCCCACAACCUUCUGGCAGUCCACCUCAUGGAAAAAAUACCCCAAGCCCCUCCAGGUCAACAUCACGCUGUCCUGGAACAAGACCAUCGAGCUGACCGACGACAUCGUGCUCACGUUUGAGUCGGGUCGACCCGAGCAGAUGGUCCUGGAGAAGUCGCUGGACUAUGGCCGUACGUGGACGCCCUACCAGUUCUACGCCACCGACUGUUUGGACGGCUUCACCAUGGAACCCAAGACGGUCGGCGACCUCACCCAGCGCACCCUGCUGGACAUCAUCUGCACUGAGGACUACUCGCGGGGCUACGUGUGGAAGAACGACAAGACGGUGCGCUUUGAGAUCAAGGACCGCUUCGCCCUGUUUGCCGGGCCUCGCCUGCACAACAUGGCCUCCUUGUACGGACAGCUUGAUACUACCAAGAACCUGAGGGACUUCUUCACCAUCACCGACCUGAGGAUUAGGCUACUGAAACCGGCCACUGGAGCCACCAUGGUGGAUGAAAACAACCUGUCCAGAUACUUCUAUGCUAUCUCUGACAUCAAAGUGCAGGGAAGGUGCAAGUGCAACCUGCACGCCAACAGCUGCGUGUUCGACAAGGGGAAGCUGGGCUGCGAGUGCGAACACAACACCACGGGGCCCGACUGCAGCCGUUGCAAGAGGCACUACCACGGCCGAGCCUGGAGCGUGGGCUCCUACCUCCCGAUACCCAAAGGAACUGCAAAUAUAUGUAUUCCGAGCAGUCACGGACCUGCGCAUCGAGCAAAUGCGUCAUCUCUUGGCGUCGCGAAUCGUAACCAAGCCCGGGUGUGCGAUAACGCCAUGCUGCGCUGCCAGAACGGGGGCACGUGCCACCACCACCAGCGCUGCCACUGUUCCGCGGGCUUCACGGGCGUCCUGUGCGAGAGGGUCCGCUGCCAGGGCCCCGGCGAGUGUGACGAUCAACUGUCGGGACGGGCCGACCGCCGCCAUCCCGCUGCUCACGAUUUCGCUCUCCCCUCACUGUUGCUGAUUGUUUCUCUUUGCUGAGUAACCAAAACCCCCUAUUAAGGACACGCACGCAACGAGGCGGACCUCUGGACAGCGUGGACCGAGUGCUCAGCAAUCUGGCGACUUUUUUUGUACGUCCUAGGACGCCAUCGCCGAAUAGUACGCUCGAUGGACUGAUGAAAUGUCACCGCUUUCUGGUAUUCUCACACAGGAAAAAAAAACAAAAAAAAACUUACACAACGCAAGUGGCCGAUACUUUGUUCAAGACGAGGGGCGAGAACUACCUGCAAACUGUACAAAGCUACACACUUUCUUAGAAUUAUUAUGAAGAAUAUAGAGGUGCCAACCCUGGCCAUUUUCCCAGAAUGCCUAGUUACGUUAAUAGUGCAAAUCUUGACAUUACCAAGGUUCACUAUCCCUUUCGCGCUGAGCUGGUGUCAGUACCGCAGACAAAAUAUACAACUUAUUUAUGGCAGCCCCUUCAGAUGACCCGUGUUAGACUUAAAAUUACUUCAAUAAUAUGAUGAGUGGCAUGUUGAAAAUUAGCAGCGCUGGUGUCACAAAAGACAUAUUUCAAAUAUGGCUAGAGGCCGAUUCUGGUAUUUGGCAAAAUGAGAAUCCAAUAACUGAUGAAUCAGAUGAUUUAAAAAAAAUAUGUAAUGAAUAAUAUAACUCAUUUUAAUCCAUUAACAGUUACAAGAGUAAAGAUGUGAAUUAGGCAGAAUAUUUGAGUGUUUUCAGUGGAACCUCUACUUACAAAAUGAAUUCAUUCCAGAAGUCGUUCAGUAAGUUCAAAUUUUUGUAAGUAGAAGCACCUUUUACAUGUAAAUAGCCUAAUCCGUUCCAAGCCCCCAGCUGAAAAUAAGCAUUCAAAGUACAUAAUGUAAAGAAUAAUAAAACUUGUGUUUAUUUACCUUUGGUGUUGGGCAUUAUGCGAAGAGGAGGGUGAGUGACAAUCGAAAGGCAUCGUGGGGGACGAAGGAGGAGGCAAAUGUUUGACAGCUGAGAGAAAACACGUACGAAUGUACGCAUGGACACAACUUAAUUUCACUAAAGUUUCUUGGGGCUCACUAAGAAGAAAGAUGAAUAAAGUUGCAAAAAACAAAUGAAAAACUCGCAAAAAAGUUGUACUUUAUCCAUGUAUGCUAGCGUGUGACAGCUUGUGAAAGCGCUACCAUGAUUCAGUGACAGUCAAGGGUGCAAGGGAAAUGAGAAGCAUCUUGGGUAAAAACUGAUGUCCCUCCGAUCCAUUGAGAUGCCAGGAAGAUGCUACGGCGAGUUCCAAUGACAGAGCAGCUCUAUCGCGCCACACAAAACAAGAUUCAUGAUAUUUACGUUCGGUGGAAUUCGUAUACUGAAUUUUCCUUCGUAACUAUCGACAGUAUUGUUCCAAUGAGGCGUUUCGUAACCUGAAUUUAUCGUUAUUAGAGAUGUUCGUAAGUAGAGGUACCACUGUAUUUGACUUUACAAUAGGGAAAAAUUGGCAAAAUUGAAAAAUUCUUUUUGGUAUUUUUGUUCUAUUUUGCAUUAUCUUGUAAGAUGUUAUUGUUGAAAAAAUGAAAAAAAAAAUGGACAAAAAAAAUAAUCUGCAGAUUUUCUCCACUGUUAGUAAUCCUCCUGAAAUCAAAUCUAUACUUUGCAGCCUGCCUCUCUUACACCUCUGGUAGCACGUCAAAAGCCACAUUAAAUUACCAUCCCUCCAUCCCAGGGGUGUCAAACUCAUUUUGCUUGCGGGCCACAUUGUUGUUGCAGUUUCCCUCAGAGGGCUGUUAUGACUGUGCAACAAAAAUAUUUUAUCAAUCAUAACAUCAUAUUUACAUCAUCGAUGUAUGAACUAGUUUUGAAAUCAGAAAUCGAGGGUAAUGUGCUUUUCAAAUAUUCACGUUUGGUAACAUAAAAAUGCUUGUAAUAUCUCAACUUUAUCAUUCAUGAUAUAUGACAAUUUGAAAUUCUGGUACAGAUUUUUACAAGAAUCAUGGAAAUUGACACUCUAGAUUUGGCUUCGCGGGGCACAUAAAAUCAUGCGGUGGGCCAGAUCUUGCCCCCAGGCCUUGAGUUUGACACCUGUGCUCUAUCCUUUUACACACAGGCAACGUUCCGCCAUUGAUACUCCAUCUUCAGCCAGAAAGUUUUCAGGUCGACCCUCCCUUCCCAUAUCGAUACCUAAGACACAACAGCAAGACCGGAUAAAUCCGCAGAUUAGAUGACUGAUGUGAAAGUACGCCGAGAUGUAUACUGGUGAUAUAAUCGCUUCACUUUGGUUUGGCUUUCUGCCUCUGGCGACUUCCACACUUCCUUUACAGUAAAUUGGUGCAUCAAAGGCGUAACAGUAGAGGCAGCAUUUAUCCACAUGCGGCUUUCAGACCGAGACAAUUGCUUUCAACACAAAGAGGUGCACGCAGUGAGUCUAAGAUGUUGAAGCUCACACUGGGUUAGCUUGUGUGAAAGGGCUUAGCGACGUAUGGAAAUACUUCAUGACGUAGAUCUCAAUGGGUGUGAAGCCAAACGCUGAACAUUUGUACUCCACAAGCACUGGCACUGGCUCAGCAUGGAAGGGGUAUGACGAGUCUUUGAUUCCAGAAUCCGUUCUGCAUUAUCUGCUCGCAUCUCCGUGCGAGACAAGAUAACGCUAGCAUAUGUUUUGGAUGAACGGUGCACUCUCACUGGGUAUUCUAUGGUGCGUCUAAAUCCGAAUAACUUUUAGAUGUCUUUAAUGUCCGGAGUUGUGGAUAAAAUGCACCUUCUGGGAAAAUUUUGAGGGUUGCGCAUAAUAUAAAUAAUGAAAACUACGUAUGUGAACGGGAUCAUAAUAAAGAAAAAAAAAUGGCCUCUCACUUUCUUACAUUUCCUCUUCCUUCACUCUUUUGCCCCUCUAUUCUUUACUUCCUGUGCUUCUGGUGACUGGUGAUUUUCUCCCCCACCUUGUUUUGCCAAAUGCUGCACAUGCGCUACUAUGGAGGCCGUCGACAAAAUCUAUAGCGUGUUUAAUUUUGCUUCGUAGUCAUGUCGGGAGUGUGGGGCUGGGUCAAGAUGUUGUAUCAUAAGUAAGUGUAUUUAAUUUUUGUACAAAAAAACAGAUAUUUUCAUGAAUUUGCCAAGAUGUCUUGCUUGUUUUCUAUUGUUGCAGGCAGACAUGGACUGCGUAACCGGUUUGGUUGUAUUGUUUGUUUGCUUAUGUGCGCACACACAGUUCUCUUUCAAAAAAAAGAAAAACGAAAAGAAAGUUUACACAUUCUCAGAAUACACUUCCACCAAAGGGGAAAAAAGGAAAAAGUAUGUGUUUUGUCUUGUUGUUGAACAUAAUCACGUGACACACACAAAUGUAACGUUUUAUUUGUCAACGGGUACUUAGCGAAGCUAACGUAGCAUUCCAUAGCUCCUUUUUGUCAAAUACCACAAAUAGAUGGACGCAAAUGUAGAUACCAAUUUUAGAAGCGCAAAAUCAAAGUACUUUCUCCACAAAAAUCUGUUCAUUACAGGCUCCGACUGAGACUCCUAUCAAAGCGCCAGAAAUCAGAACAAAAACAGGAAAUGGAAACCUGCCAAAACAGCGCAAACAGAUGGAAUCCAAUGCACUACAGCAGUCCCAGAAGAGCCAAAGCAAAGUCCUUUGUAUAUGGA